AUGGCGGGGGGACGGCGGGGUCUGGUGGCCCCUCAGAACACCUUCCUGGAGAACAUCGUUCGCCGCUCCAACGACACAAACUUUGUGCUGGGGAAUGCCCAGAUCGUGGACUGGCCCAUCGUCUACAGCAACGACGGCUUCUGUAAGCUGGCCGGUUACCAUCGAGCUGAGGUCAUGCAAAAGAGCAGCACCUGCAGCUUCAUGUACGGAGAGCUGACGGACAAGGAGACGAGCGAGAAGGUGCGACAAACCUUCGAGAACUACGAGAUGAACUCUUUUGAGAUUCUGAUGUACAAGAAAAACAGGAUGCCGGUUUGGUUUUUUGUGAAGAUUGCUCCAAUCAGGAACGAACAGGACAAAGUUGUCCUGUUUCUCUGCACUUUCAGCGACAUCACGGCCUUCAAACAACCAAUAGAGGAUGACUCAUCAAGAGGGUGGGGCAAGUUUGCCCGACUGACUCGCGCGUUGACCAGCAGCCGUGGAGUUCUUCAGCAGCUGGCGCCAGCUGUUCACAAAGGAGAAAACGUUCACAAGCAUUCACGGCUGGCCGAAGUUCUCCAGUUGGGCUCAGACAUCUUACCUCAGUAUAAGCAGGAAACUCCAAAGACGCCGCCGCACAUCAUCCUGCACUACUGCCUCUUCAAGACCACCUGGGACUGGGUCAUCCUCAUCCUCACCUUCUACACGGCCAUCAUGGUGCCCUACAACGUCUCCUUCAAGACCAAGCAAAACAACGUGACCUGGCUGGUGGUGGACAGCAUCGUGGACGUCAUCUUCCUCGUGGACAUUGUCCUCAACUUCCACACCACCUUCGUGGGGCCGGCCGGGGAGGUCAUCUCCGACCCGAAGCUCAUCCGCAUGAACUACGUCAAGACCUGGUUCGUCAUCGACCUGCUGUCCUGCCUGCCCUACGAUGUCAUCAACGCCUUCGAGAACGUCGACGAGGGCAUCAGCAGCCUCUUCAGCUCCCUCAAAGUGGUCCGCCUGCUGCGUUUGGGUCGGGUCGCCCGAAAACUGGACCACUACAUCGAGUACGGGGCCGCCGUGCUGGUCCUGCUGGUGUGCGUGUUCGGCCUGGCGGCCCACUGGCUGGCCUGCAUCUGGUACAGCAUCGGAGACUACGAGGUGAUCGACGAGGACACCAACAGCGUGAGGCUGGACAGCUGGCUGUACCUGCUGGGGGAGACGGUGGGGACCCCCUACAGGUUCAACGCCUCGGGCACGGGCCGCUGGGAGGGGGGGCCCAGCAAAGACUCGGUCUACAUCACCUCGCUGUACUUCACCAUGACCAGCCUGACCAGCAUCGGCUUCGGAAACAUCGCCCCGAACACGGACGGAGAGAAGAUCUUCGCCGUGGCCAUGAUGAUGAUCGGAUCGCUGCUGUACGCCACCAUCUUCGGUAACGUCACCACCAUCUUCCAGCAGAUGUACGCCAACACCAACCGCUACCACGAGAUGCUCAACAGCGUGCGGGACUUCCUCAAACUCUACCAGGUCCCCAAGGGCCUGAGCGAGCGCGUGAUGGACUACAUCGUGUCGGCCUGGUCUAUGACCAGAGGCAUCGACACCGACAAGGUGCUGCAGAUCUGUCCCAAGGACAUGCGGGCGGACAUCUGCGUCCACCUCAACAGGAAGGUCUUCAAGGAGCACCCGGCCUUCCGGCUGGCCAGCGACGGCUGCCUACGGGCCCUGGCCAUGGAGUUCCAGACCAUCCACAGCGCGCCGGGGGACCUGAUCUACCACGCCGGGGAGAGCGUGGACAGCCUCUGCUUCGUGGUGUCCGGGUCACUCGAGGUCAUCCAGGACGACGAGGUGGUGGCCAUUUUAGAAGACGAUAGCUUCCGCUUACUCUGGAUCAAAGACCUCGGCUCUGAAACGGUCUCUCACCUGCCGUGA